AUGACGGACACAUUUCAGCUGGUGCACUCUGAUCUCACGGGUAAUACACUAAUAAAUAAUGACGCCGAGCAGUCAGUGGUCAUAGAUGACUACGAAUACGAGAUGCUCAAACGACCCUCGAUCUCGGACUACAUGCUGGACAGAUCGAGGUACUACGAGUACGAGAAGUUUGACGACAUCAGCACAGCGGUCCUGCCUGAGGACAAGUUCAUCGAACCAUCGCAGCAGAUCAAGAAGACCACGAAAGUGAGGAACUACUUCAAUAACAUAUUCAGCAACAACAUCUGGAGCAACUACAAGCGCAAUAAGAGCAACAGCUCAGCCCUCUCGGGACAAGAUGCCUACGAUGUAAUGACUCUUAAUGACGAGAAAAUGGACGAUGGUGAUGAUAUUAUGGAUUUAGAUGACGACCACAACGAUCUCGACAUGGAACCACAGGUGCUGAACGUCAACCCAAGAAAAGUAUUCUCCUCGAUCGACAACGAGGCGCUAACGCAAAACCAAGUGUUUAACUUCCAUUCAAUUAUUAACGAAGUAGAUGACCAAUUUUAUAUUCACAAUAACCCAUACCAAACAUACGAGAGGAGAAGUAAUAGCAUAAGACAGAACGAAAGCAUAGAUGAGGACUGGAACGACCAGGAAGAUAACACAGAAAGUCAGUACUCGGAAAAGACAGCAUAUGACUCAAGCACUACUAACAGCCCAGAAGGAAAGAAGAUACGAAUCAAUGGACUUCCACCAAGGACGAGAGGAAGAAAACCUUCUUUAGUGCCUGACUUAUCGAAGCAAUUUGGUUGUGAGUUCUGUGAUAGACGCUUCAAAAGACAAGAACAUCUCAAAAGACAUAUACGAUCACUGCAUAUGGGCGAAAAGCCAUAUGAGUGUCACAUAUGCAACAAGAAGUUUAGCAGAAGCGACAACCUCAAUCAACACAUAAAAACACAUAGCCAUUGA